AUGACAGUAGCAGCGACAAAGGAGCCGCGAAGACAACCUCUCAACGUCGCCGGUAAUAGGGAUGCUAAAACCACGAGUGCUUCCUCUGUCCUACAGAUACGGCCCUGGCUCACGCGCGAUCAACCGAUAUCCGAACAAGAUCUCUUCAUCCUGCACUGCCGCGACAAUCUGGUUCCCGGCGCGACUGGGCCCAAAGACUGGCAUGUCCUGGCCGAAGAGUUUAAUGCACGAUUCGACCAUGAGUUGAAGAAGCCACUGGCCUAUAACACGUUGAGUAAGCGAUGUGGAGCCGCGAGGAAGUUGUUUUUGAAGAACAACCCGGAAUAUGUCGGGGUGUGCGUUUACCCAGUUCCUCAAGUAGAAACUGGGGCAGAGGAAAAAUCUGGAGGCUCAGACGCAGUCGACUCUGAAGGAGAUGACAAUGAAAGCGAUGCAACGGACGCGAAUGUCAUGCCAAGCGGCAAGACCGCGGAACCGCAAGGAGGAUCUGCCACUCAGCAUCUGGAAACCCCCGUCGCGACACUGCCAGCCCACAAACUCCCGACGCCUGUAUCGUCCAGCCCGCCGGCCCGUCAUGAACAUUCCUCUACUUCCAAAAUUACCACUCUCCCGCCAAGUUUCUUCUAUCCCUCUACCGUGGAAGAAAAUUACAUACCGCCUAAUACCCGCGCGAAAUUCCACCUCCAGCAGCGCACAGACGAAAGAGUCACAUUUCGCUUCUCCGACCCACACGAACUGAGCCUAGCAACUGAAGAUGUACAAUACGUCGACACGAACACUCUGCUUUCCAUCUCACCAUUUUACGCUCGAACAGCAGCAGAAGAUCCCAGGGAUACCGUCAUCACUGUACCAGAUUACAUCACUAUACGAACAGUAAACAUCUUCAUCCAGCUCAUCUCGCCGGAACGCGCAAAUGCGCUACCGACACACUAUCUCUGGUCCGCGAAGAAACCUGUUCCAGGCGUGUUCGAUCGAUAUGGCGCAAUACGUGUGGAGAAGAUCAUCUGGAGUGUAGAUGCACUUCUUGAUCUUUUGCUCUUCGCACAGUGGAUGGAAGUGUACUGGAUCGUCGAUAUGGUGGCUGAUCGACUGCACUUCCUGUUUGCUGAAGAAGCUAGAUGUGAAGACAUCUUUGCAGAUAUGGGUAAGCCUGUCGAUGGCUACGUAAAUAUUGGUGGGCGGCAGGUGUUCGUUGGAAGUAGACUGCCACCCGUGGACAAUACGCUGGCUCGCGUGACGGCUAAGGACUUCGAGAGAGACUUCAUGGUACUGCUAGCCGAGAUGUCAGCAAGUACACCUGUAUGGAGAUUUCUCGCAGACUUGCUCUACGCAUUAGGCGAGGAGGUGAAAAGUGCUGAAUGGUUUCCGGCCUUACCAAAAGACGUACAGCGCAUAUUGUCUCAACCGGAAGAAAACUAUCUUGACGCAACGACUGCGCGAGACGAUUUUUGCAGGCAAUAUCACCAUCAUCCAGCAGGCUCGGAAAGUUGCUACACAGCGCAUCGCGUCCAUUCAGCUACCCAUAACAUCGAUGCCCUAUACGCAUCGUCAUCCCCAACAGCACUGAUCCGUCUCUCCGAAGGACUUGACUCAACAAGCAGUCUGACUAGCAUCACGUACUCCAGCACUGGCGAUGCCAGUAAGCUGAAGCAUGACAACUCGACACAAACGAUGUUAGACACAGAGAAGAUGGUAUUUGACAUGGAAGGUCGUCUAUACGAGGCGAAGAUGGCGAUGCAGAAGGCGCGAGAAGCUGGUGAAGAUGAGAAGAAGGCUGCCACGGAUGAAGCGAACAGGAUCGCGCGGUCAAUGUACAGUCACAAGCCGUAG